GCUACGUUGAUGCGGUUACAUAUGGUCAUUAAGUAUUGUGGAUGUAGUUGUGUAAAUGUGACGACAGCGUUACUCGAUCUGCUUAUAAAAGGGAACUGAGCUUCCUAGCUUGGCCUGCACAGCCCUAAUAAGAGGAGAGAUCAGAGAGAGAUCAGAGAGAGAGAGGGGGCAAGGAUGCAGGCUCUGAGCUCCACUGAGUUGUUCCGUAGAGACUUAAAGGCGCAGCCGGUACUGUUUGAAGAGCAUUCAGGAGUGAGAAAGGUGAUCUUGAACCGACCUUCCAAGUUGAACGCCCUCACUUUCGAAAUGGUUUAUCAGAUGUUUAAGAAGUUGCAAAUCUACGAGGACGAUCAUACUGUCAAUUUUGUUAUAUUGAAGGUAAUUACAGGGAAACGGAAAAGCAUUUUGCGCUGGGGGUGAUGUUAUCGGAAAUAUGUGCUCCAUCUUAACAGGUGAUCAAAUUCGGAUCUGCUCUCUUUUAAUUUUAUUUCAUAUAACUGUAAGUCGUGAUAAAUGCAAGGGAAUCAUACAUAC